AUGACGCUUAUUGCGCUCACCCAGGCGUUGGUCCUUGCCGUAACCCUCGUCAAUGCAUCCCCCGUUGGCUUGAAGUCUAGGACCGACGCCGACGCCGCCACCGCUUACACUGCCGACAAGCGCUGGGAUGCGGAUGCUGCCACCGCAUACACCGCUGAUAAACGUUGGGAUACCGACGCGGCGACUGCAUAUACUGCCGACAAGAAGCGCUCUGGUGCUGAUGUUGCCACUGCAUACACCGCCGACAAGCGCUCUGAGGUGGCCGAGCCCGUCUAUCGCCGCUGGGAUGCCGAUGCUGCCACCGCUUACACCGCGGACAAAUAA